GGCUGCCAAGCUUUCGAAUUUGCUCAUAAACUAUGAAAUGACUGUACCCAGGCGAAGCCAACUUAACCACCUCAAGUACUUGACAUCUACUGCUCAAAGCUGCUUUGACGCCGCCUUCAAGAACACAAGACUCACAGAGGCCUCUCAGUUUUAUUCUUCUCUAAUUCAACAAUGUCUACACACAAGGUCGUUACUAGACGUGGGAAUUGUUCAAACCCAUAUGAUCAAAUCCGGUUAUAUACACCUCCAUAUAGGCAAUAAGCUUAUUGAUGCGAGUUUAAAGUGUGGUAGCAUUAGCUAUGCCCGCAAACUGUUUGAUGAGUUGCCUAACAGGCAUAUAGUCAUGUGGAAUUCAAUGAUCUCUUCUUAUAUUAGCCAUAAAAAGAGCAAGGAAGGAAUUGGGUUGUAUGAGAGGAUGGUCUUAGAUGGAGUGUACCCCGAUGAAUACACAUUUUCGUGUGUUUUCAAGGCUUUUUCUAACCUGGGACUUAUAAAUGAAGGGCGGAGAGCUCAUGGGUUGUCAGUUGUUUUGGGUCUAGAAGUUUCAAAUGUGUUUGUUAGUAGUGCCCUUGUUGAUAUGUAUGCUAAGUUUGGUAGAAUGAAGGAUGCCCGGCUGGUGUCAAACCGUGUUGUGGACAAGGAUGUUGUUUUGUUUACGGCGUUAAUUGUUGGUUACUCUCAGCAAGGAGAUGAUGGUGAAGCUCUAGAGGUUUUUGGGAACAUGAUUAACCAAGGAAUUAAGGCUAAUGAGUAUACUUUUGCUAGUAUCUUGAUCACUUGUGGGAAUUUAGAGGAUUUAACUAAUGGUAAAUUGGUCCAUGGUCUUGUUAUCAAGUCUGGUUAUGAACCCGCUGUGGCUUCACAGACUUCACUCCUAACUAUGUAUGCUAGGUGUGGGUUGAUUGAUGAUUCUCUGAGGAUUUUCAAAAGAUUUCCAAAUCCAAACCACAUAACUUGGACGUCUCUUAUUGUGGGACUUGUACGAAACGGCAGAGAAGAAUUAGCUUUGACAAAGUUCAGAAAAAUGAUCUGCAAGUCAAUAGUUCCGAAUUCUUUCACGUUGUCUAGUGCUCUCCAGGCAUGCUCAAACCUUGCUAUGAUUGAUGAAGGAAAACAAAUCCAUGCCAUGGUGACAAAAUUUGGAUUGGGUAGAGACGUAUAUGCCGGUGCUGCUCUCGUGAACAUGUAUGGGAAAUGUGGAAGUACAGAGAUGGCAAGGUCUGUUUUUGAUGCCUUAAUUGAC